AGUACUGUGAUAUUUUAAUUCUAGUUCCGUGUCAAUAUGGUGAAACCACUUGCACUAGAUUUCAGCUUUACCAAACCCAAAUUUCAUAUUAUUUUCCGAAUCAGUGCCGAAAGCAAUCGAAAAACAUGGGUGCUCAUCCAAUUCCCCAGCUAACAGUUGUCACUCUCAUGUUCCUCCCCACCAUCAUCCAAUCCCAUCCUUCAACCUACUCCACCAUCUCCGUCACAGACUUCGGCGCCACCGGAGACGGCAAACACUACGACACAUCCGCCAUCCAAUCAGCCAUCGACACCUGCCACAACUCCACCACCAAACCAUGCUACGUAACCUUCCCACCAGGCACCUAUCUAACAGCCACCGUCUUCCUCAAAUCCAACGUCGUUUUGAACAUUCCCAAAGGCUCUGCCAUCUUGGGUGGGACCAAAUUGGAAGACUACCCAAAAGCGUGGGAUAGAUGGUAUGUGAUAUUGGCUGAGAAUGCUAGCGAUGUUGGGAUAACGGGUGGAGGCGUGGUUGACGGGCAGGGAUCGGAGUUCGUGGUGAAGUUCGAUAAGAGGAAAAAUGUGAUGGUGAGUUGGAACCAGACAGGGGCUUGCUGGGGCGAUGAGUGUCGGCCCAGGUUGGUUGGCUUCCUCGACUCGACCAAUGUUAGAGUUUGGAAUGUUACCCUCACGCAGCCGGCUUAUUGGUGCUUGCACAUAGUUCGAUGUGAAAACACAUCAAUUCAUGAUGUUUCAAUAUAUGGAGAUUUUUAUACGCCUAACAAUGAUGGGAUAGACAUAGAGGAUUCAAACAAUACACUGAUUACAAGAUGCCACAUCGAUACAGGAGAUGACGCUCUAUGCCCGAAGACAUACACUUCCCCUCUUCAUAACUUAACAGCCACAAACUGCUGGAUUCGAACAAAAUCUUCAGCAAUCAAACUUGGAAGUGCUAGUUGGUUUGAGUUCAAGAAUUUGGUCUUUGACAACAUUACUAUUGUAGAUUCUCACAGAGGGCUUGGAUUUCAGAUACGUGAUGGAGGAAAUGUAAGCGACAUUACUGUCUCGAAUAUAAACAUCAGCACAAGAUACUAUGAUCCGUCAUGGUGGGGGAGGGCUGAACCAAUUUAUGUGACAACCUGCCCGCGAGACUCAAAUUCAGCAGAGGGUUCAAUCUCUAAUGUAAACUUCAUAAACAUCACUGCGAAUUCUGAAAAUGGGAUCUUCUUAUCAGGCUCUAAAGGUGGACUGCUAAGGAAUUUGAGAUUCAUUAACAUGAAUCUAACCUACAAACGAUGGACAAAUUAUGUUGGCGGGUUGGUUGACUAUAGGCCUGGAUGUCAGGGACUUGUGAAUCACAGCGCAGCUGGUAUUAUCAUGGAACAUAUUGAUGGUUUGGAUGUUGAGAAUGUAAAUAUGAGAUGGUUCGAUGGACGAACAGUGCAAUGGGAUAAUCCUCUGGACUUCACCCCUUCAACGGUGAAUAAUAUUUCUUUGCUUAAUUUCCAUUCGGGUUUCUACAGUCAGUGACAGGAAGGUUGGAGGAGAAUUCCUUUUGCCAAGUCAUUCUUGCUGGAAAUAAGAUACGAAUUCAUGAUCUUUACACGAAACAUGUGUGGACACUAUCAUUUAAGGAUUAGUUUUGUUUGUAAACUCUUUUAAUUAUAACAAAAAAAGAAAUUAUUGAUUCA